CCCCUCCCCCUUAUUUCCCCCCUCCAGCUACGUGGUGCUGGACCUGAUGGAGUCCGACCUACACCAGAUCAUCCACUCCUCCCAACCCCUUUCCUUGGAGCACGUCCGCUAUUUCCUCUACCAGCUCCUCCGCGGCCUCAAAUACAUCCACUCCGCCAACGUCCUCCACCGGGACCUCAAACCCUCCAACCUCCUGGUCAACGAGAACUGCGAGCUGAAGAUCGGCGAUUUCGGCAUGGCUCGCGGCCUCGGCGCCGACCCCCGGCACAGCAAAGCCUUCCUCACCGAAUACGUGGCCACGCGUUGGUACCGAGCCCCGGAGCUGCUGCUCUCCUUACACCGUUACACCCGAGCCAUCGACAUGUGGUCGGUGGGCUGCAUUUUUGCCGAAAUGUUGGGCCGUCGGCAACUUUUCCCCGGUCGCAAUUACGUCCAUCAACUUCAACUCAUCAUGGCGGUUUUGGGGACGCCGCCGGCCGGCGUCAUGGCGGCCAUCGGUGCCGAAAGGGUUCGUGCUUAUCUACAGAGCCUCCCUCCUCGCCCGCCGGUGCCUUGGGAGAGUUUGUACGGCGACGCCGAACCGGCGGCCUUGGCUUUGUUGGGGAGGAUGCUGAGGUUCGACCCGAGGGAGCGGGUCGGCGUCGCCGAAGCGUUGCGACAUCCCUUCCUGGCUAAAUAUCACGACCCGGAGGACGAACCCGAAUGCGUCCCGGCUUUCGAUUUCGCUUUCGAGCGUCGCGUGCUCACCAAGGAGGAGAUCAAAGCCGCCAUCGUGGCCGAAAUCGAGGAUUUCCAUCAGCGUCGCGACGGCAUCCGGCGUCAGAUCGCCUUCGCCGGCGCCGGCGCCGGCAGCCAGGGCAACGUGGGCAACGUUGGGGUCAACGUGGGCAACGUUGGGGUCAACACGGCCAAUGUUGGGGUCAACGUGGCCAAUGUGGGCAACAUUGGGGUCAACACGGCCAAUAUUGGGGUCAACGCGGCCAAUGUCGGUGUCAACGUGGCCAAUAUGGCCAAUGUCGGGGUCAACGUGGCAAAUGUAGGCAAUAUUGGGGUCAACGCGGCCAAUGUUGGGGUCAACGUGGCCAAUAUGGCCAAUGUUGGGGUCAAUGUGGCCAAUGUUGGGGUUAACGUGUCCAACGUAGCCAAUGCUGGGGUCAACGUGGCCAAUAUGGCCAAUGUUGGGGUCAACGUGGCCAAUGUUGGGGUCGGCAUGGCCAAUGUUGGGGUCAACGCAACCAAUAUGGCCAACGCUGGGGUCAACACGGCCAAUGCUGGGCUGAACGUGGCCAACAUGGGGCUGAACGUGGCCAAUGUUGGCAUCAACGUGGCCAAUAUGGCCAACGCCGGCAUCAACACGGCCAACGUUGGGGUCAACGGGGCCAAUAUGGCCAACGCCGGGGUCAACACGGCCAAUAUUGGGGUCAACGUGGCCAAAAUUGGGGUCAACGCAUCCAACGCCGGCAUCACCGUGGCCAACGUGGCCAAUAGUGGCAUCACCAUGGCCAAUGCUGGCAUCACCGCAGCCAAUGUCAACACCAGGGUCAACGUGGCCAACAUUGGGGUCAAUGCGGCCAACACCGGCAUCUCAGUGGCCAACAUUGGGCUCAACGCGGCCAACGCCGGCAUCCGGAUGAUCAGCGUGGCCAACGUUGGCAUCAGUGUGGCCAAUGCAGCCAAUGCUGGCAUUAAUGUGGCCAAUAGUGGCAUCAACGUGGCCAGCAUGGCCAACGCCGGCAUCAAUAUGGCCAACAGCGGUGCCAACGUUGCCAAUAUGGCCAACGCCGGCAUCAAUAUGGCCAGUAUGGCCAACGUCAACCUCAAUAUGGCCAACGCCGGCGUCAAUAUGGCCAACGCCGGCAUCAAUAUGGCCAACGCCGGGGUCAACGUGGCCAACAUGACCAACGUCAACGUCAAUAUGGCCAACGCUGGGGUCAGUAUGGCCAACAUGACCAACGUCGGGGUCAAUAUGGCCAACGUCGGGGUCAAUAUGGCCAACGCCGGGGUCAAUAUGUCCAACCUGGCCCCCACCACCAACGCCAGGACCGAGCCAACCGUCCCCACGCCGUGGCCUUGCACCGAUGUGGAUAUGGCAAGUCCCGGCCCUACAACGGCCCCCGAUUGCCCCAUGGAAUCGCCACGGGUCAAAGAAGAACCGGAAAUCCCGGUGGUACCGAAACGGGACGGCGCCAUUUCCGAUGACACCAAAGCGGCCCUAAAAGCGGCGCUGCUGAAAUCCGCCAUGAGGAAUAAGAGCAGAGGUUUGGGGGUCUUGGGGUUUUGGGGUCGG